AUGGGGCUGCAGUUUAAUGGGUACUGCUCACCCUCUUAUGGUUUAAGACGGAUGUUGGAAUAUGAGGACGGCAUCAUCCUGCUGGCUACUGCCCUGAAUCCAGUCUUUUCGGCAAUGAUGGUAGACUCUGUGCGACUGCUGUCUGCUCUCUGCAUCCUACCAGAUCCUGACAACAUCCAAGAAAGGGUUCUUGAUGCACUUUCUCUUUGUGGGGAAAGGACGAACAAAGAGAGGUUUGCGCCAUUGCUUGAAGGUUUGAAGAAUAAGACCCCGGCAGCCUUGAAGGUGGCGUGCAUGCAGCUUAUUAACGCCCUCUUAACCCAAGCCGAGGAGCUGGAGCUGAGAUUCCAUCUGAGGAGUGAACUGCUGCGUUCUGGGCUAAGCCAACUCCUGCCAAAACUGAAGAUUAUCGAGAAUGAAGAACUCCAGGUCCAAAUGCAAGUCUUUGAUGAGCACUCCGAAGAAGAUUAUUAUGAGUUCACAAACCGCCUUGAGGGCAUUCGGAUGGAAUUAGAAUAUCCUUUUACAGAUGAUAGAUAUCAAAUAUUUACUCAUAUUGUCCUUUCUUUGCCAGAAAAAAAACCUUUAAGUGUGAACUUCAUUCUAUCAUAUGGUGUGAGGUACAAAAUGGCAACUGCAGAGAGCACAAAUCUCCAGCAGCUUUCAGGUACACAGACCAGGAUAAUCUGUCAGAGAUUCUGGAACACUGGUUACAUGUGGAGACACAAGCACCGAUAUCCUUCCACGAAUGUAUCAGAUGUGAAUGAAGUUUACCAAGUGCUGCUCAAUCUCAUAAAGGACACGCCAGCGGAACAGCAUUUCCUGUCCAUUCUACACCAUCUCCUCCUUAUUCGCGGCGAUUACUACGUACGGUCACUGUAUUACAGGUUGAUUGAGGAGUGUGUGGCCCAGAUCGUUUUACAGAAGCACGGUGCAGAUCCUGACUUCAACUGCAGAAAGUUUCCUGUCAACGUGCAUCACUUGUUGGAUAACAUGAUUGACAGUGGUCGAGUGGAAGUAAGUGAAGAGAGCACAGUGGAAUUGGAGAAAAUGUUUGAAGCGGAGGUAACAGCAAGGCAAGAACUUCAGGCAGCCGUGAAGAAAAAAGAAGCUGAUUUUAUCAAGAAAAAGGAUGCACUUGAUAUUGAAAAUAUGCUGCUGCAAAAGGAAAUGUUCAAAUUGCAAGAUAAGAUUGCAAAGUUAACUGAAGAUCUGCAAGGAAUGAAGAUGAAAGUUUACUUUCCGAACGAUAAAGAGGAAAGUCAAGACCUCUUGAUGUUGCCGUCAUCUCCAAUAUCUGACCAAGCAUGUCUUCAACCGUUCACACCAGCUCUUCCACUUUCGGAUCACACUGGGUUGCCUCCCCCACCUUGUCUGCCGCCUCCCCCUCCUACUCCUUUAAGUGCUGAACGAAUGCCUCUGUCACCACAUCACCUGCCAUCCUCCCCUAAACUUGCCAAGGCUCCUGCUGUCCCUGUUUCCCAUAGUGCACAAUGCAUGAAGCCAACUGCCUCAGAGAUUUUUUUCCCCUCAUCGGGGUUAGACACACAUUUUCCAGUCACUGCAUCAUCCUAUUUUUCUGAUGUUAAAAGGUAUCCUUCAUUUUUGGCAUUGCCUGCUGCUAGAGAACCGGCAUCUCCAAUAUUACCAAGCUUUGGAAAACGAUCUAUGGCAUCACAGCCAGGUGGAACUCAAGGUCAUCUUCAGACGGGUUCAGAAGAUCAUCAGCUUCCCACACCACCUCCCCUGCCUGCUACUAAAUGUUAUCUCCCACCUCCUUCACCCCUUCGACUGCAAGGAACUCAGCAACAUUCUUCGCUUGCUCAAUCAGCUUCACUGUUGGACACUGGACAGCAGAAGCUUUCAACUUUUCUUCAUGAAGAACCAAGUGCCAGACAAUAUCUUCUAUCUACUUCAUCUCCUCCACAGCCAGAGACAGGACAUCAUUCAUUCCCUUUGCCCCCAACACCACCUCCACUUCCAGGCACUGGUCAAUAUUUUAUCCCUCCACUGCCACCAACACCACCACCCCUGCCAGGUGUUGGACUAUAUCCCCCACCACCCACCCCGCCUCCUUUACCUUCACUCCUACUACCAGUUCCUGUACAUCUUCCUCCGCCACCUACCUUUCUUGCUCUGUUGCCACCAACAACACCUCCAUUUGGUACUGGUGACCUUCCCCCUGCUUCUCCUCUCAAAACUACAGACGGUUCCUCUCCUUUGGCCUCUGGCAUUCGAAGUCCACUUCCAUAUCCUCUACUGGGUGCUCGAGUUCUUCCUCUUCCUCCUCCACCAGGCACAGUUCCACCUAUUCCUACGUCUCUUCUGCGUACUUUUCCUCCUUCUCCACCUCCUCUCCCAGAUACUAUACCUUCUUCUGCACCCCUGUUGCCAGGCACUGUACUUCCUUCCCCACCCCCAUUGCCAAUCACCGUUCCUCCUUCACCUCCUCCAUUACCAGGCACUAUGCCUCCUUCCACACCUCCUCCACCAGGCACUGUUCCUCCUCCUCCACCUUUUUUAUCAGGUGUCUGUGCAUCUGCUUUUCCACUUUGUCUACCCAGUGCUAGAGUUCCCCCUCCUCCUCUCCCUCCUGCGUUACCAAACACUGGAAGUCCUCAGCUGCCACCCCAUCUGCCUGGUACUGGAGGUCUUCCUCCUCCACCUUGUACUGGUCCUCCUCUGCCACCCUCUCUACCUAACACUAGAGGGCUACCUCCUCCUCCACCUCCUCCCCUGCCACCACCAUUACUAGGUACUGGACAUUCUCCUUCUCCUUGCACUAGAGGUCUUUAUCCUCCAACAGACACUGGAUUUCUCCCACCAUCUCCUCCACAGGCUAUUAAGGAUUUAAUUCCUCCUCCCUCCCCACCUCCUCCACCUCCUCUACCAGGGGCUGGGAAUCAUCCUCCCCCACCAGGCAAUGGCCCUCCCCCUCCACCACCACAUAUACCAUUUACCAGAGGUCUCCCUCCUCCUAUCCCACCUCCUUUGCCAUGCAAUGGAGGUCCUGCUCUGCCAUCUCCGCUAGCAUUCACUGGUCCUCCUCCCUCACCUCUGCUGGGCAUUAAGGGCCCUCCUCUUCCACCUUCCACAAUGGGUGUUGGAGCAUUGUUUCCCCCUCCACCUCCUCCACCUCCCCCACGUCUCCCCUUAGGUGCGGUGGUCCCUGUUCCACCUGGAGGACUAACCAACACUGCUCAGAUUGCUCCAGGGUUACGUCACAGUCUGCAACCCAAAAAAGAAUACAAGCCUGUGGUUCCACUGAAAAGAGCGAACUGGUCUCAGAUACGGCCAGAAGAGAUGAAAGAGAAUAGUUUCUGGGCAAACACAAACGAGGAGAAGUUUGAAAAUCCCGAACUUUUCACCAGGCUUUCUCGCAUUUUCUCUUUGCAGACGAGGGCAAGAAGAGAAGAUUCUGGGGGGGAAAUUAAGAAAACAGGAUCGCUGAAGAAAAAAGUCAAAGAACUCAAGAUAUUGGAUAACAAAACAGCACAAAACCUUUCCAUAUUCCUAGGAUCCUUCCGCAUGCCAUACUACGAGAUAAGGAACGCCAUUCUGGAAGUAAAUGAGGAGAAACUCACAGAAUCUUUAGUUCAGAACCUGAUAAAGCAGCUUCCUGAACAGGAACAGUUGAAUUUCUUGGCUGAACUAAAGGAUGAAUACGAUGACCUGGCUGAGCCUGAGCGCUUUGGAGUAGUGAUCAGCUGUGUACAGAGACUGCACACUCGAUUAGCUGCCAUUCAGUUCAAGCUCCAGUUUGAGGAGCAGAUCAACACCAUCAAACCGGAUAUUGUCUCGGUGACCGCAGCUUGCGAAGAAGUCAGAAAGAGCGAGCAUUUUGGCAAACUGCUGGAGCUGGUUCUGCUGGUUGGAAAUUACAUGAACUCCGGCUCGCAGAAAGCUGGAACAUUUGGCUUCAACAUAAGCUUCCUCUGCAAAUUACGGGACACCAAGUCAGCUGACCAAAAGAUGACAUUGCUGCACUUUCUGGCUGACAUCUGUGAGGAGAGGUAUCCAGAUGUGUUGAAGUUUACUGAUGAACUCAUUCAUCUGGAAAAAGCCAGCAAAGUUUCUGCUGAAACCUUGCGGAAGAACUUGAAACAGAUGGACAGACAGGUGCAGCAGCUGGAAAAUGACAUUAUGACGUUUCCACCGCCAAACAGCGAGCACGACAAGUUUGUGGAAAAGAUGACAAGCUUUGUCCAGUGUGCUGGGGAACAGUACGAAAACCUAGCUAUCAUGCAUGAAAGCAUGGAGAAGCACUUUGAGGAGCUUGGAGAAUACUUUGUCUUUGAUCCAAAGAAAAUCGCCAUUGAAGAAUUCUUUGGAGAUCUCCGCAGCUUCAGAAACAUGUUCUUGCAAGCUGUUAAAGAAAACCAGAAGCACAGGGAGGCUGAAGAGAAGAUGCUGAAAGCUAAGAUAUUCAGACAGAAAAGUGAGAAGGAAAGACAGCAGAAGAAAAAGCAACUUUUGGACAUUAAUGCAGGUGGCGGGGAGACAGGUGUGAUGGAUAGCCUGAUGGAGGCCCUGCAGUCAGGAGCUGCGUUCAGGAGAAAAAAGGUUCCACGAGCAUCAGCAGCCAGAAGUGCAUCAUUGGAGAGAUUCAGGUCAUGGUACCAUCCCAACACGCUGACCCGAGCCUCAAUGAAAGAAAUUAGUCAGGAAGAUGAGGCACUGUCACCCAAAACCUCACAGCAUAAAUAGAAAUGACAGUAUUAUACAAUGAAUGGGUGACAGGGGAGAAGAGAUGGCUGCGUCAGCAGAACACGGCAAAGGAGAGACCCUGUUGUUUGCAAAUUAAAUAGCUCUUGAAAUCAAUCUGUCCACAAGCAAUGGAUAAAUUGAGCCAAAGUAUCAAAUUCAUUUGCAUGGAAAGAGAUGAAACAAAUGCUUCUAGGCUGAUCUUUUAGGUUUUAAAUUUGACAGGUCAAGCUAUUAAUGAGCUUCAAAGACUGGUAUUUUUAACAGUCUUCUUAGAAAUAUCAUUUAAUACUUGUUUAUCCUGACUAUAUCAGAUUAUGAAGUGUUUAUACAGCAAGCUCCAGUCAGCGUAAUGGUGAAAUAAUACCAAAGGAUUGAAAAGUAGAAUCAGAUUGAUUAGCAACUGGGUUGCUGUUUAUGUAGAGGACCGAACUGUACACUGCAUAUAUGUUUUCAGUUCAAAUCAACUAUUAUUCAAUAAAACAUAUUAAAAAUGUGGAUUGCGUUCUCACGCAAGUUUUAUUCAUCUGGAAGUUCCAUUUUGUUGUGGGAACAGAUGGGGAGGUGUUGGGUUGGAAUGAUUGUGAGGGAACUAUACUAUAUAUUUCUUGGAUUGAUGUAAACUGUACGUAAAAGUUAAAUAACAAUAAAA